AUGGCCCCCCGCGAGGAGCUGAUAGCUUCAGCUGUGACCUUCCUCCAAGAUCCUUCAGUGGCAUCGUCGCCUAUUGAAAAAAGGGUCGCAUUCCUGCAAUCGAAGAAUUUGACUCAAGAAGAAGUAGAUCUCGCCUUAUCGCGAGUGGGCGAAGACCCAGCCACCGCGGCUGCAGCAGCUAGUGCGGCGUCAUCACAAAGUUAUCCCUCACAACAGAUCGCCUAUCGUCCACCACAACAGCCUCCCCAAGGAUAUGGCUAUCCCCCAUACAAUCAAUGGCAGCCGCCGCCGGAGCCCCCGAAGCGCGACUGGCGAGAUUGGUUCAUCAUGGCGACUGUCGUGGGUGGUGUGGGAUAUGGGAUGUACUUUGUCGCAAAGCGCUAUAUCACUCCGUUGAUCGCCCCGCCCACUCCCCCGCAACUGGAGCAAGACAAAGCAAACAUCGAUGAGCAAUUCUCCCGUGCUUUCACACUAAUUGACCAGCUAUCAACCGAUACAUCUGCCUUAAAGGCCGCCGAGGGAGAUCUUAAGACCUCGUCGCGCCGACGAGAUGACGAGACACGUCGCAUUAGCGAUGAAGUCAAAACUUUGAAGGAUGUUAUCCCCAAGGCCCUUGAAGGAGCGCGGGAGGGCAACGAGAACCGAUUGAAGGAGCUGGGAGGCGAAUUGAAGAGCUUGAAGGUCUUGUUGGGCAACCGACUGGGUGGCAGUGGCUCUGCUUCUCCUUCAGCUGGCCGAACUGUCGGUAGCUCCACUCCCAUUCCCGCUGCUACACCUCGCCCUGCGGAGGAAACCCCAACUCCCUCCACAUCCAUCGCUACCAAUGGUAUGCAGCCGACCGUGACACCAGUCGAGCAGGAACCCCAACCUGCUACCGCGUCGUCUGCUCCUCAGAAUAACGACAGCCCUCUCUCGAAGCUUGGUCGGUCUGCUUCUAUUCCUGCCUGGCAGAUGGCUGCCGCCAAUCGGUCCAAGAGCGGUUCGCAGUCGAGCCCGUCCCCCGCCGCCGACAAGCCUGCGGGCAGUGAGCAGAGCGCUCCUCCCAGUUAG